GCCAACAUACCCAUCAGGAAAGCAAUAUCCCUUCACCACCGAAGACCAAAAAGAUCAUGGCUUCCAAGCUUGAAACUGAAGUGGAAGUAACUUCACCUGCUGACAAAUUCUGGGGGAGCAUCAGAGACUCUACUGAGCUCUUCCCUAAGAUCUUUCCGCAGCAUUAUCAGAGCAUCAAAGUCAUAGAGGGGGAUGGCAAGAGCGACGGGAACAAAAGUGCCAUCGAUAUGGUUGCAGGAGUUCCUUUCGUUAAGUUUGCAAAGGAGAAGGUUGAGUUCGUCGACGACGCAAACAAGCAGGUCAAGUACAGCGUGAUAGACGGCGAGCUUCUGAGUUACUAUAAAAGCUUCAGGCCGACUCUUCAGGUGGCUUCCAAAGGGGACGGUGUGGCGGUGGUCAAGUGGACGGUGGAGUACGAGAAGGUGAACGAUGAAGUCCCUCCCCCUGAGCUGAUACAGGAGAUGGCAGUUCAAACAUUUAAAGAUCUGGAUGCAUAUCUGCUCAAAAACUAGAAGGUGCCGAUCCAUAUCAGCCCUAGAUUUUAAGCAGUAAUCUAUAUGAAUAAGAGUGGAAGGUUUUAUAUGUAAUAAAUUUGUUUGUGGUGGUUUGCUCAUCAUGAUUUGUCCUCUCAUAUCCCAUGCUAUUAAUAAAUUUGUUUAUCUGAAUCAA